ACCGCUGCGCGCGACCUCGCUGCUCUAUCUGGCGGAUGUCGCGACGCGCGAGUGUUUUUGGCGCCGUUUCCGCCGAUAUGGAACUAUAGGGUUUUUAUAAACGUACAAUCUAUACAACAUAAUAAUAAUAAAAAAAUAAACAAAAUCAACUGUGAGAAUUCCCGCCAAAAAAAUGGUGCCAGCGAUGCUUUUCGUGAUCGCCGUUUGUGGAACCGUGAACGGGUAUUCGUGGCCCAGCGAGGAGACCACCGCGAGACCUCAGCAGUCUCCUAAAGAUCUUCAUUUUGAUCCUCUUGUUGUCGAAACGACCAGCGGUUUAGUACGCGGUUUUGCCAAAACGGUUCUUAGUAGGGAAGUACACGUUUUUACCGGAAUACCGUUCGCGAAACCGCCUAUUGAACAAUUAAGAUUUAGAAGACCGGUUCCAAUCGAUCCAUGGCAUGGGAUACUCGAUGCCACAAAAUUGCCUAAUUCUUGUUACCAAGAAAGGUACGAAUAUUUCCCGGGAUUCGAUGGCGAGGAAAUGUGGAAUCCCAACACAAACAUUUCGGAAGAUUGUUUGUAUCUAAACAUCUGGGUUCCGCAAAAAUUACGAAUAAGACACCACGCUGAGAAACCAACUCACGAACGCCAAAAAGUACCGAUUUUAGUCUGGAUUUAUGGUGGCGGAUACAUGAGUGGUACAUCAACUUUGGAUAUAUACGACGCUGACAUCGUUGCCGCAAGCAGUGACGUCAUAGUUGCUUCCAUGCAAUAUAGAGUUGGUGCAUUCGGUUUUCUCUAUUUAAACAAACAUUUUGGACCAGGAAGUGAAGAAGCUCCGGGAAACAUGGGUCUUUGGGACCAAGCGUUAGCAAUACGAUGGAUUAAAGAUAACGCUGCCGCUUUCGGUGGCGAUCCAAACCUAAUAACUUUAUUCGGAGAAUCUGCCGGGGGAGGAUCGGUCAGCAUCCAUCUUCUAAGUCCCGUUACGAAAGGACUAGCUAAAAGAGGAAUUUUACAAUCGGGAACGAUGAACGCACCGUGGAGUUAUAUGUCCGGGGAAAGAGCUCAACAAAUCGGCCAAAUCUUGGUUCAAGAUUGCGGGUGUAACAUCACGUUACUCAGCAGUAAACCUCAUAAAGUCAUGGAUUGUAUGAGAGCGGUUGAUGCUAAAACCAUUUCGGUACAACAAUGGAAUUCUUAUUCGGGGAUUUUGGGCUUUCCAUCAACACCUACAAUCGAUGGAAAUUUUCUUACGAAACAUCCGAUGGAUAUGUUGAAAGAAGGGGAAUAUGAAGACUUGGAGAUUAUGGUUGGAAGUAAUCAGGAUGAAGGAACAUAUUUCAUCCUAUACGAUUUCAUCGAGUAUUUCGAAAAAGACGGGCCAAGUUAUCUUCAACGGGAGAAAUAUCACGAAAUAAUCAACACGAUCUUCAGAAAUAUGACGGCUUUGGAACGAGACGCAAUAGUAUUUCAGUAUACUGAUUGGGAACACGUAAACGAUGGAUAUUUAAAUCAAAGAAUGAUUGGAGAUGUCGUCGGGGAUUACUUCUUCAUAUGUCCCACGAAUUUAUUUGCCCAAGUCGCAGCCGAAAGAGGGAUGAAGGUCUUUUACUACUACUUUACCCACCGCACAAGCACGUCCUUAUGGGGGGAAUGGAUGGGAGUGAUGCACGGCGACGAGAUAGAGUACGUGUUCGGACAUCCACUGAAUAUGUCCCUGCAGUACAACUCGAGGGAACGCGAGCUCAGCUUGAAGAUGAUGCAAGUCUUCACACGUUUCGCAACGAACGGAAAACCGGUGACAGAUGACGUCAAUUGGCCCCUGUACACCAAAGACCAUCCGCAAUAUUUCAUCUUGAACGCGGACAAAAGUGGGAUUGGAAAGGGACCGCGGGCGACAGCCUGCGCUUUCUGGAACGACUUCUUGCCGAAACUCCGUGAUGGACAAGGUUCUGGAGAAACGCCUUGUGAAGCAAGUGUUGUAGGGGCAGUGGCGUCAUCUUCGGGAAGUGUUUCAAUCACGUACGGUAAACUCUGCGUAACCCUCUUAGCCUUAAUACCAGCUUUAAGCAUUUCGUAAGCCGAUAACAGUGGCGACGAAAAAAUAACACGAUUUAGCUUGUAGUACGUAGGGCUAUUUAUACCGGAAACCAGAUUUGAGCGGUAUUAAGCUGUACCGGAAAGCUCAAAGAAAAUUUAAUAAAAAUAAAAUUAAGCAAAACGCUAUAGAUGGACCUCAAUCCCGAUGAUAAUGUAAAAAUGGAUUUAAAAAAUUGUUAGAAUGGAUUCCGGACACUGUAUUAAAACGCCCUUUUGAUACACUGUCGACGACAAUCAUCAGAAUACGAUCAUAACGACGAUAUUAAAAAAAAUGAGGAAACAAACAGUUCUUAUGUUAGUCUGUAGGCUGUGGCAG